GAAAAGUCUCUCUGCUUCAUCUAUCAUUCCACACUUCAGAUACAUAUCCAAAACUUCCUUGCAUACUGAGAUGUCUGCGCCAGAGGAGAAUUUAAUGGCAUGUGCAUGCAUUUGCUUGCCUUAAUGAACAAGCGGCAAACCUAUCUACUUGAAUGCCGCUCUCUCUAAGCUGCCUAAACGAGUCCAUGGAACUCUGCUAAGUUUCCUUCUAGAGCAUUACCAUGAAUGAGUACCGUCCAUGAUAUCACAUCCUUCUCUUCAAUACGACUAAACUCCUCGCCUCAAAAAACUUCCCACAUUUCACAUAUAGAACAACAAGAGCGCCAGCAAUAGCAGUAUUAGCAGAAUACAAGAACCCGCUAGCAAUCAAGAGACCAUGAGUUUGGUUUCCUUUUUUGAUUGCACCAAGACAGUGCAAGCCUUCAAUGUGCUUGCAAACGUAAAUUCGUCAAGAAUUUCCCCACCUUCUUUCAUUUUUUCGAAACAAAAGUAGAGCUUUCUCAUAAAAUCUUGCAAGAGUAUAUCCUGCUAUCACAGCAUUCCAGCUUACAAGGUUCCUAAUAAGCAUGACUUCAAACAUACGGGCGGCUUCAGUGGUUCUUCCAUAGUUUGAGAACAUGUAAGUGAUAGAAUUCCCUACCACAUUCACCAUAUCAAAUCCAGUUUUCACACGAAUAUCAUGAGUUUGUCCUCCGAUGUCAAAGCUAUUCAACAAACCACGGGCUUUGAGACUCAUCGAAAAGGUGAAAUCAUUCGGUGUCGCACCCGAUAAGCCCAUUUUGGAGAAGAGUAAUAAUAACUCUAGGGGGCUCCCAAUUUGUAUGUGCCCACGCAUAAGAGCUCUCCAUGAAACCACAUUUCUUCCAAGCAUUCUAUCAAACACAUCACAAGCAUCAUUCACUCUACCUCAUUUUCCAUACAUAACUAUAAUAAGAUCAUUGCUUAACGUCAAGUCGAACCCAAACCCCAUUUUCACUAAAGCUCCGUGCACUUGCAUUCCUUGAUCAAGAAACAAACUUUUUGAACAAAACCGCAAAAAGUUUACAAACUUCUGCCUCGCCUAGCACUGAAAACAACCCUCUAUUCAUUGAUUGCCAAAUAGACUAAAAGCUCCCUUCUUUACAGUCAAUAAUGGCAACAAGAAUUGGUGCCUUGAAAAUCAGAGAACUAGAGAAUUUCUUUGUACCCAUUUUGCAAAACUGCAAAAACAUUGUAGAGUUGAAGAGCAUCCAUGCUCAUGUUAUCAAGUACUCACUUUCGCAGAGCAGCUUCUUGGUGACAAAAAUGGUAGAUGUGUGUGAUAAAACUGAGGAUCUUGGUUACGCCAGCUUGCUUUUUAAGCAAGUGAAGGAACCAAAUGGGUAUUUAUACAAUGCAAUGAUAAGAGCUCACACACACAAUAAAGUGUAUACUUUAGCAAUCUUGUUUUAUAAGGAAAUGCUAAGGCUAAAAGACCCGGAAAGUGAGAACCCAAUUUUCCCUGACAGAUUCACACUCCCCUUUGUUAUUAAAUCUUGUUCAGGGCUUGUAUGUUAUAAUCUAGGUAAGCAAGUCCAUGCCCACUUGUGCAAGUUUGGGCCAAAGUCUAAUAUUACUAUGGAGAAUGCUCUAAUUGAUAUGUACACAAAGUGUGCUAGUUUGUUGGACGCACAUAAGGUGUUUGAUGGUAUGGUUGAAAGAGAUGCAAUUUCGUGGAAUAGUAUUAUUUCUGGGCAUGCUGGGGUGGGUCAGAUGAGAAAGGCAGGAGCUUUGUUUGAUUUAAUGCCUUACAGGACUAUAGUAUCUUGGACGGCGAUGAUUUCUGGUUACACGCGUCUCGGAUCGUACGCCGAUGCGUUGAAUGUGUUUCGUCAAAUGCAAAUUGUGGGCGUUGAGCCUGAUGAGAUUAGUAUUAUUUCUGUUUUGCCAGCGUGUGCGCAGGUAGGAGCUCUUGAAGUUGGGAAAUGGAUACAUAUGUAUUGUGACAGAAAUGGGUUGUUGAGGAAGACAUCUAUAUGCAAUGCUCUUAUGGAAAUGUACUCAAAAUGUGGUUGCAUUGGUCAAGCUUAUCAAUUGUUUGAUCAAAUGUCCAAAGGGGAUGUGAUUUCUUGGAGUACCAUGAUUGGAGGGCUUGCAAAUCAUGGGAAAGCUCGCGAAGCCAUUGAAUUGUUUAAAAGAAUGAAGAAAGCAAAGAUUGAACCAAAUGGUAUUACGUUUCUUGGUCUUCUAUCAGCUUGUGCUCAUGCUGGUUUUUGGAAUGAGGGGUUAGCGUACUUCGAUUCCAUGAGUAAAGAUUAUCAUAUAGAGCCAGAGGUUGAGCAUUAUGGCUGCUUGGUCGAUAUUCUUGGACGUGCAGGGCGCCUUAGUCAGGCUCUUGAUGUUAUAGAGAAGAUGCCUAUGAAGCCUGAUUCGAAGAUAUGGGGUUCAUUAUUAAGUUCUUGCAGGACUCAUUCUAAUCUUGAUAUUGCUAUUAUUGCAAUGGAACACCUUGAAGAGCUUGAACCAGAUGAUACAGGAAAUUAUGUUUUGCUUUCCAAUAUAUAUGCAGAUCUUGGCAAGUGGGAUGGUGUGUCAAGGAUGAGAAAGCUUAUCAAAAGUAAGAGCAUGAAGAAAACACCAGGGUCUAGUUUGAUUGACAUCAACAAUGUGGUUCAAGAAUUUGUAUCAUGGGAUGAUUCGAAGCCAUUUUCAAGAGACAUUUUCUGGUUGCUAGAGUUGCUGACUUCUCAUCAGGACACAACUGAUCCUCAUUUAAUUGAAAUAAUGCUUGAGGAUGGGAGUGAAUGUCUGGGUUAACACAAGAACCUCCAAUGGGAAAUGUCCACGUAGCUACAGCUUAGAAUUGGUGCUGGACAAAGAACAGUUCCUUGGCAAGAAAGAAGCUCUCGAUCUCAUACAUAAAAUUCAUGAUCCCAUCCAAAGAACAACUGGGAUUCAUAAAGUUUAUGGCAUCUUGCAGAAUCAGAGCACGCAGCUUGAUGGGAAUCUUUUCUUCUGGUGAACGGUCUCAUCUGGAAGCCUUUUGAAUUCGUAUGAUAGACAAACUCGAAUAUUCAUUGAUUGAUUUCAAAGGUGUACGUGCAACGUCUUUGUACACGCUCUACUGUGCCAUGUUAGCAAUAUGUGAAGUGCACCUUGACCAAAAUGUCUUUGAUUCUGAUUUGUAGCUUGCCAAUAGGUUUCACAGUGCCCGAACAAGAAAGUUAUAAUUCGUUAUGAUUAAUGUUAUCAAGGCACAAAAAUGCAUAGGUCAAA